AUGUCGUCUGAAGGUUUAUCAGCGAAUGAGGUGGACUCGCUCCCAGAUCGACUUGCGGAAACAUUCGCGAAUUUGACAGUAUUCAUCACUGGUGGUACUGGCUUCAUGGGGAAGGUGCUUGUCGAGAAAUUACUACGGAAAUGCCCGGAUAUCCGUAAGAUAAUUCUUCUCAUCCGCCCAAAGAAAGGGAAACCUCCAAAACAGCGUCUUGAAGAACUAUUUGCUGAUGCUCUCUUCGAGAAGGUAAAAAACCUCAAAGGCGGCGUAGAACCUCUGCUCGAGAAAAUGGCGCUUGUGUGUGGCGAUGUGAGUGAACCAGACCUAGCUAUCAGUGAAGAAGACAGGCAGAUGCUUAUAGAUGAAGUGGAUAUGAUAGUGCAUGCUGCUGCAACUGUCAGAUUCGACGAAGAGUUGAAAAAAGCAGUGCUAUUGAACGUUCGCGGUACGAAACUUGUGUUGGAGUUGGCGAGACAAUGCAAAAACUUAAAACUCCAUAUCCACAUAUCGACUGCAUAUUGCCACCUGCAUGAGAAAUUGCUCGAGGAGCGUCCGUACCCACCACCAGCUGACCCUCAUAAGGUCAUUGAAGCUGUCCAGUGGAUGGAUGAGGAGACCAUUGCUGCUAUAACUCCAAAGUUACUCAGCAAAUUGCCGAACUCUUACGCAUUCACAAAGGCUUUAGGAGAAGCCUUAGCAGUGGAAGCCAUGGAGGAUAUUCCCCUCAUUAUACUGAGGCCUUCUAUAGUUAUCCCGAUCUGGCAAGAGCCAGUGCCUGGAUGGACUGACAAUAUAAAUGGACCUACCGGACUACUUAUCGGUGCGGGUAAAGGUGUGAUCCGGACAAUGUAUUGUAAAGGCAACAGCUAUGCUGACUAUUUGCCAGUUGACGUAUUCAUCAAUGGUAUUAUGAUAAUGGCUUGGAACUAUUUGUCAUAUGGUGAUAAAAAGUCGAAUGUGAUAAAUUUCACGUCGUCAGCGGAGAUCAAGGUGACAUGGACAGAGAUGAUUGACGCUGGACGAGAUAUCAUCAUGAACAGAGUGCCGCUUAAUGGUGUGGUUUGGUAUCCUGGUGGUUCAAUGAAGCACUCCCGCCUAUACCAUAACAUCUGCGCGUUCUUCUUCCACUGGCUGCCCGCGCUACUCGUCGACACCCUACUCUUUUGUCUCGGAUACAAACCAGUAUUAAUGCGUGUACACAAGCGCAUAAGUAAAGGUUUUGACGUUUUCGAGUAUUAUACAAACAACCAAUGGGAUUUCAAAUCUGACAUCGCUCAGACUGUGCGACAGAGACUCAACAUAAGAGAGAGACGGGACUAUAAGGUGGACGCUGUUGGUCUGGACAUUCCAAACUAUUUUGAAGACUGCAUCAGAGCUGCUCGUGUGUUUAUAUUGAAAGAAUAUGACGAUACACUACCCGCAGCAAGGCGACACAUGACAAUUAUGUGGUGCGUAGAUAUCAUAGUGAGGUGUCUAUUUUGGGGUCUGAUGCUGUACUGGCUUAGCACCUGGAUUUCUUCUGUCUUCUCAUAUGGAACCAGUGAGGUCACACCCACGUUUAUAGAAUAG